AUGGAAGAUGAUACAUUAGAUGCAUUAAGUCGCCUUUCCCUUGAUUUACUAAACUUUCUACAAACGCAAGAUUAUGAGAGCUUACUUAGUAUCACAGAUUCGUUUCCUGAAUAUUAUUCUAGAGGAAAUCAAUUUGAUGUUAUAGUAAGAAUUGAUGGUGAAGAUUAUUAUUGUAAUUCGGAUGUAUUAAUUUCACGGUCAUCGUAUUUUCGAACCGCUUUAUCACAUAAUUAUGCUGUUAAAGAAGGUUCAUAUAUCAUUUUAGAGGAAGAAAAUAUUUCUCCGGAUACAUUCAAAACAUUGUUAAGAUAUUUUUAUCAGGGAGAGAUUAAUUUGAAUAAGUUAGAAGGGGGACUUUGCGUUAAUUUAUUAAGAGCAGCGGAACAUUUUAGACUUGAAGAAUUUAUUGAAGAUUUACAACGACAUAUGAUACAUAAUAAAACCUUGUGGCUACAACACAAUUUUAUAAGAGUUGUUAACGGAGUGUUUAUAAUUGAUGGAGAUGAACGCAUAAGACAUCAUUUGGUUCAUAAGAUCAAUGAUAAUCCAUGGUAUUUAUUAAAAUCAGAUGAAUUGGGCGCGUUAAGAUUAUCAUGUUUUUUAUCAUUAAUGGAGGAUGAAUGCUUUAUAGUUAAUCAAGGAAUCGUGUGGGACAUAUUAAUUAGAUGGGGGAUACAACAAAGUUCAACAUUAAAACUUGGCGCUCCAAAUUGGAUUUAUGAAGAUUGGAUGACAUUAAAAGAGGCUGUUAAAGAUUUGAUUCCUCGAGUUAAAUUUUCCAGAAUAUCACGUAAUGAUUAUUAUGGAAAGAUCUUACCUUUUAACAAGAUAAUAUCCGUAAAAGAAGCGAAUUUAGAGGACGAAGAAGUAUUAAUUUGUUAUCUUAAUAAAGAUGUUGUAUCCCCUCAUAGUAAAUUAUUAAGACAAAUAUUUUUGGAUGAUAGCUCUAUAAUAAAUCAUUUUCAUGCAAAUAUCAUACUAAAAUGGAUUAAUGAAGGUAGACAAGGACACGAAAAUUUUUCAUCUCAUCCAAAAAUCAGUAAAUCCUUUUUUAAUUUUUUUUGUUUUACAAAGAAACGACGACAACAAUGUAAAUCACAACCGUCGAUGACAUAUCAAUUUAAGUUAUUAUUUCGCAGAAGUCGUGAUGGAUUUCCCGCAGAUGAUUAUCGCAAAAAAUGUGAUAAUUUACCAAAUACUUUAGUUAUAGCAAAAAUUCAGGGUUCCAAAGCUAUCGUUGGUGGAUUUGCCCCGAGAGGAUUAGAUUUAGGAUUUCUUACAUUAUAUACUCCCGCAAUUGAUUCCAGUUUUUUAUUUAAUUUUAAAAGUGGUGAUCCGUCAAUGGAAAUGGAAAAUACCAUAUUAUGUAAAAUGCGUUCAGAUAGAGAAAUUGAAAGUGAAUACAUUCCUUAUUUAUGGACCGGUCCUAGAUUUGGUGUAAAAGAUUUGGCCAUUGAUUUACAUAAAAUGAAAGCUAUAUCUGUUCCUCAAUAUUAUGACUACCCCGUUCAUGAUUCUAAAGAAUUUAAUAUUGAUGAUGUUGAA